UCUCGCUAAGAGGAUAAAGGAAAAAGGGAAAUCAAGCUAUUUAUAAGCGGGACUAUUUGGAAUAUCCACCGGCGACACAAUGAGCGGCGGGCCGGAUGAGAGCUCGGUGCGCGUAGCCCUGAGGAUCCGUCCUCAGCUGGCCAAAGAGAAGAUCGAGGGCUGCCACAUCUGUACGUAUGUCAUGCCCGGGGAGCCGCAGUUGGUCCUGGGUAAGGACAAGGCCUUCACCUACGACCACGUCUUCGACAUGGACACCCAGCAGGAAAGCAUCUACACCCACUGCACCGAGAGCCUCAUCGAAGGCUGCUUUGAGGGCUACAAUGCCACUAUCUUUGCAUACGGACAGACGGGUUCGGGGAAGACCUACACCAUGGGAACCGGCUUCGACGUCAACAUUGAAGAAGACGAGCUGGGUAUCAUUCCCCGGGCCAUCAACCACCUGUUCAGAGGGGUCGAGGAGCGCAGACAGGCUGCCACCGAGCAGGGCAAGCCUGUUCCUGAGUUCAAGAUCAACGCACAGUUCCUGGAGUUAUACAACGAGGAGGUGCUGGACUUGUUUGACUCGACGCGAGACAUUGAGGCCAGGAAGCAACGAUCCAAUGUCAAAAUCCACGAGGACGCCAACGGAGGCAUCUACACCGUGGGGGUCACCACCCGCACCGUCACCUCUGCGGCUGAGAUGAUUCAGUGUCUGAAGCUGGGCGCUCUGUCUCGUACCACCGCCAGCACUCAGAUGAACGCCCAGAGUUCGCGCUCCCACGCCAUCUUCACCAUCCACCUGUGCCAAGUGCGAGUCUGCUCUCUCGAUAACGACGAUAAUGUAACCGACAACCGUCUAGCUAACAGCUCAGAGAUUAACGAGUUUGAGACGCUGACAGCCAAGUUCCACUUUGUGGACCUGGCUGGUUCCGAGAGACUGAAGAGAACUGGAGCCACAGGAGACAGGGCUAAAGAGGGCAUCUCCAUCAACUGUGGCCUGCUUGCUUUGGGAAACGUCAUCAGCGCUCUGGGAGACAGGAGUAAGCGCUCCUCUCACGUGCCUUACAGAGAUUCCAAACUGACCCGGCUGUUACAGGACUCGCUAGGCGGCAACAGUCAAACAGUGAUGAUCGCCUGUGUCAGCCCGUCGGACCGGGACUUCAUGGAGACCUUGAAUACUCUGAAGUACGCCAACAGAGCCCGAAACAUUAAGAACAAGGUGAUGGUGAACCAGGACAAAGCCAGCCAGCAGAUCAGCACCCUGAGGACGGAGAUAGCACGACUGCAGAUGGAGCUGAUGGAGUACAAGACGGGGAAGCGUAUGGUUGGUGAAGAUGGCAUGGAGGGCAUCAACGACUUGGUCCAUGAGAACUCCAUGCUGCAAACAGAGAACAACAACCUGAGGGUGCGAGUGAAGGCCAUGCAGGAGACCAUCGAUGCCCAGAGAGCUAGACUCACACAGAUCCUCACUGACCAGGCCAACCAGGUCCUGGCUAAAGCAGGUGAAGGCAGUGAAGAGAUCGGGAACAUGAUUCAGAACUACAUCAAAGAAAUCGAGGAGCUCAGAGCUAAACUUCUUGAAAGCGAGGCUGUGAACGAGAGCCUCAGGAAGAGUUUGUCUCGGGCCUCCACACGCCCCUCGCUUUACGGCGGCCCUGGCGGCUCCUUCUCCCCUGCCCUCCUCGCCCCUGAGAAGGAGGCCAGCGACGUCAUCGAGAUGGCCAAGAAAAGCCUGGAGAAACUGAAGAAGAAGGAGAGGAAGAAGAAGAAGAGACUGAGGCGCUAUGAGGAGAGUCACCACCACGAGGUUGAACACACCAGUGUUAUCAAAGAGGAAGUGCCGGACAACGACCACGAGCGAGGCAACGAGGAGGCAGAGGAGGGCAGCGACCACGAAGAGGGCGAGGACGCGGAUGGAGAGGAGGAGGACUUUGACAUGGUGGGAGACGAGACGUCUGACGAUUCUGACUCUGACGAACUGGAGGAGAAAGAAAACGUCCAGGCCGACCUGGCCAACAUCACCUGCGAGAUCGCCAUCAAGCAGAAGCUGAUAGACGAGCUGGAGAACAGCCAGCGGCGUCUGCACACUCUAAAACAGCAGUACGAGCAGAAGCUGGCCAUGCUGCACAACAAGAUCAGAGACACCCAGCAGGAGAGGGACAAGGUGCUGCAUAAUAUGGGUUCAAUGGAGACAGGCACGGAGGAGAAGGCCAAGAAGAUCAAAGUUGAGUACGAGAGGAAGCUGAGCUCCAUGAACAAAGAGCUGCAGAAGCUCCAGUCGGCUCAGAAGGAGCACGCCCGCCUGCUGAAGAACCAGUCGCAGUACGAGAAGCAGCUCAAGAAACUCCAGCUGGAUGUGACCGAGAUGAAGAAGACCAAGGUGGCGCUGAUGCGUCAGAUGAAGGAGCAGCAGGAGAGGAACCGAGUCACAGAGUGCAGGAGGAACAGGGAGAUCGCCUCUCUGAAGAAAGACCAGCGCAGAUCUGAGCACCAACUGAAGCAGAUGGAGGCCCAGAAAAGACAGCAGGAGUUGAUUCUUCGCAGGAAGAAUGAAGAGGUGACCGCUCUUAGGCGGCAGGUGAGGCCCGUGUCUGGGAAGGUGAGCAGGAAAAUCAGCUUACCUGAACCCCUCCAGGAGCAGUCGCACAGAGCCACCCCGGGGCGGAUGAUUACAUCCGGAGCGUCUGCGGUCAAUGGAGCCAGGAGUUCCCCGGUGCGGAUGGGAAGUACCUACCUCAGCAGGACGGCCAGGGCCAAAUGGCAGUCACUGGAGAGACGUGUCACUGACAUCAUCAUGCAGAGGAUGACCAUCUCUAACAUGGAGACCGAUAUGAACAGACUGCUGAAGCAACGGGAGGAGCUGACCAGGCGGAGGGAGCGUGUGUCCAGAAAAAGAGAAAAGAUGGCGGUGGAGGGUGCAGACGCCGACCGUUCCCUGGCCUCCCUGAACGAAGAGCUGGAGUCUCUGAGCGCCAACAUCGACUAUAUCAACGACAGCAUCGCCGACUGCCAGGCCAACAUCAUGCAGAUGGAGGAGGCCAAGGAGGAAGGAGACACAGUGGAUGUUACUGCGGUGAUCAGCUCCUGUAAUUUAUCAGAAGCCCGCUUCCUUCUGGAUCAUUUCAUGACUAUGGCCAUCAGUAAGGGUCUGCAGGCGGCUCAGAAGGAUUCCCAGCUGAAGGUGAUGGAGGGCCGGUUGAAGCAGACGGAGAUCAACAGCGCCACCCAGAACCAGCUGCUGUUCCACAUGCUGAAGGAGAAAGCAGAAAUCAACCCGGAGCUGGACGCUCUGCUGGGCAGCGCUCUGCAAGGUGGGGAAACGACGACGAAUCCAUACCGGUCCGAGCAUGUCAAUCACAAUCCCAUUUUUUUUCUUUCACCAUAUGGCUGCGUUUUAUUUUGUAGGCCUCGCUUCUUUGUAGGUGUGCAAAGAGAAUUGAUGCUCGGAAUGCAAAAACCAAGGCCUGUGAAAUAAAGAGCAGCCCUUUUCUCAUCUUUGGGUUUGAUUUUGAUUUGAUUUGUUUUCUCUGUUGUGUCGGUGUGAACUCAGAGUUAGGUUACCUGUCACCAGGUGAGUACGGGUUGAAUAGCAAUGUGUUUGAGAGAGCAUGGCACAUGCGCACUACAAGAUUUCCACAACAUUUACCCCUAAUUAAAGGCACAUAUGC